UGAUGCUCCAGUAAAACGUGCCAUAUGGUUGGUUUCGAGCUGCUCUGAGGGAGGGGAGCAUCAAGUUGAGUGAUCUGCAUCAAACACUUGUAACAGGUUUCGUUGGGCUGUUCGAUUUUCCCCUCAAAUUGCAGGCUUUGCUUACUAAUUUGGGUCCUGGUACGACGUCUCUCUCUCUCUGCAAUUUUGGGCAUGUUAAUUUCUGGUUUAUUUAGUUAGUUUCUCUAUUUAAACUCAGAUGGUUGAAGAAUAUAGAGUUGAGAAGAUGAUGGUUGAAGAUGUUGGAGUUAAGGAGAAGGUGGAUGAGGCCAAAGCAUUUGAAUCGAGUAUGAUGGGUGAAGAUGAUCAAGAUUAUGAUUUUUGUGUGGGUGAUAUUGUGUGGGUUAAAACCAAAAUAAACACAUGGUGGCCUGCUAGAAUUCAUGAUCCUGCAGAUGCAUCAAAGUACGGAGGAAUUGAAAGUGACCAAGAAGGCUGUCUGCUAGUUGGCUACUUUGGGAUGGGUCAUGUUGCCUGGUGCCGUCGAUACCAACUGAAGCCUUUCCCCAAGUAUUUCGAGCAGAUUUCAGGGCAGAGCAAGGCUAGAAUUUUCGUUAAAGCUGUAGAGAAAGCUCUUGAAGAGUUUGGUCGCCGUGUCGAAUUGAAUAUGACUUGUGCCUGUGUUUUGAAAGCAAACCGACUUUCAGUUGAUGAUGCUGCAUCUAAGGAAGGAGUUUUGGUUCCUGACCGCAGCUCCAGUGAACUCGGUGAAUUUUCAGCUACGCAUUUUGAUUCUGCAAAGUUCCUUGCACAUCUGAAAAAUCUUGCACAGGUUGUUUCCAAAGUUGGCGUACUUGAUUAUACUGUUACACGUAGUCGAUUAUCAGCCUUCUGUACCUCCACAGGGCACAGGCAACUGCCUAUGGAUCUACUUCAGGAAGGAAAUGAUGCUGAAAGUGGUGCCGACGGGACCUUGCUGAAGCAAGCAGAGGAAAAUGUUUUACAUCAAGAGAAGAAUGACGAGAAUGAAUCUUUUGCAAAGGUUUUUGGUGGGGGCAGUGCCGAUAAAACUUCCAUCUCAAGUUUAAAGUCCAGGAAGAGAAAGAUGAAGAGGGAUUCUGAAAUUGAAGAGACUAGCCUCAUGAUAUCCCCAACAGUGAAAGAGAGCAAGGCUUCUAGUGUAGUAAAUGGUGAUGGCGGGAAUGAAGGAAUGAUUGAAAUAGGCGCCGAGUCUAGAGAGAGAAAAAAGAGUAGGUACUUGUCUUACCCAUACAUAAAUGUGGGGCAGAAAGGAUUGUCUGCGGAAGGAAUGGCGGCAACAAUUGAUGGUGGACCCCCUUCAAAUUUUAAAAGCACUGGUGAGAAGUUCUGGAGGAAAUGGUAUAGGAGGUUUACUGGUGUGAGUAACAUAUCUGGUGAUUCAUAUUUGAAAAAUGCAUCUUCUGCUGAGUUGCUUUCUGAAUUCUGCUCUGCAGCCAUCGACUGCCAGUAUCCGAUUGAAAAUAAAGCAUUUCAUUCAGUUGCUUGGUUCAUCUCUAACUUUAGGAUAUCAGUAUUUCAUGACGAGCCUUUUUGUGAAACCUACAGUAAGAACAUGGCUGGUCAGGAUGAGGAUAGAGAUGCUGAGACUUGCCUGUUGGAAAAUGGUGGCCAGAAUGAGGCUAAAUCUGAGCCAAAGAAAAGAAAUAAAAAGGCAGUUUCGAAGCAUCUAGAGGGUGAAGAUGCUGCCAACACGUCAAGCUUAGUUCAAAGCCCUGCAACUGCUGUAGAGGGUAUGAAUGGAAACCUUGGCAAGAAAAGGGGACGACCAAAGUUAGGGAGAUCCAAGACUAAAUCCCUUUCUGGGAUGUCAGAUGUCAAUAUAAGCAUUGCCCCUGAUGGCCAAAUGGUACAAGAUUCUUCAGCUGUCGGCCCUCUCAUGCCCUGUGAUAAGCCUAAGCAAAAGAAAAGAGAGAAGGUGGAAGGAGCAAGUCAAGCAAGUUUGCAGACUAAACAAACAAUUGGUAUACCUGAUUUGAAUGGUAACAGUGUUCUACCUACCGUUCUGGUUAAUAAACAACAGACUAUUGGCCAUGCUGUUUCUGAAGGUAACAUUCAGCUAGAAAAGAGAUUGGGGACGGAAACUGCUUCAGAGCACUCAAUAUCCAAUAUGGCUCCUGGCUUAGUUGAUGCCAAUGGAAACAAUUUGAAACCUGGUACAUUGGUUGUAGAUCUGGGGAUUCGUGCUAAGGCUUUGGCAUGCCUGGACUCUAAACAGGUGACCAGCCUGCUCACAGAUGAGAGUAAACCUGCCCCGAAAAAGAGAAAGAGAAAGGAUAAAGUAGAUCCGGGGUUUCCUGUUCAAGCUGACGGUAUUCCAGAUUUGAAUGGAAAUAGUGCUGAAUGCCUUACACCUUCAAGUAAACCUGAGCGGAAGAGGAGGAGGAGAAAAGGAGAAGGUCUAGCAACCGCUCUCCUCUUGACAUUUGUGUCCGGAAUUCCACUGCCUUCAAAAGAUGAUUUAAUCUCAACAUUUUGUAGGUUUGGACCCUUGAAAGAAUCGGAGACUCAGUUAUUAAAAGAUUCUAGUAGUGCACAGGUUGUAUUCAUGGAAAGUGCUGAUGCUGGAGAGGCAUUUCAGAGUUUAGAGAAGAACAACCCUUUUGGCACAAACCUUGUUGCUUACAAGCGCUUUAAUCUUCCAUCAGUGUCCAAGGUUUUAGCCACAAGCCUAUCCUCUCCGCCCACUAAGAGAUUGGUGACUCCUGUACAAUCGCCUGCCAAGGGACCUUGCCUUGACACCAUAAGGCAGAAUCUUCAGAUGAUGACAUCAAUGCUGGAGACUUCAGGUGAUACUCUUUCUCCAGAGAUGAGAGCCAAACUGGAGUGUGAAAUAAAAGGCCUCCUACAGAAGGUGAGCUCCACAGCUGGUUCGUCCUCUGCUUAAUUAGAUUAGGUUAUGUACUUCUUGUGAAGGUUGUCGAUGUAGGACUUUUUAGGGCAGGUUCUUUUGGUGAUGUUGAUGUUAAAAGACCUCUGUGAUAGUUUGACGAGAGGGCAUGAGCAGUGACCCAAUGUACGUCUUCUUUUGGCUGGUGAAUGAUCAGAACUAUGUAUUCUGGAACCUCUUUGUAACUUUUCCAGCUUGUGAAUGAUCUGACCUUAUGUAUCUCUAAUAAUGUAGCAUUUCAUAUUUACACCUUUAUUUUGUA